AUGGAAGCUCCCAAAACUGUUCUGAUCGAUGUUGGUGGCGAAAAGGUCAUUAAAGUGAAGCCCGAGUUGUUCAGCGUGGCGGGUGACAACCACUUUGCCUCCAUGUUUUCGGAACGGUGGCAACAUGUACUUGAUGAAGAGGGCAGGCUCUUUGUGGACUAUUCUCCUCAAGUCUUCGUGCCACUGAUCGAAUUCUUACGCCUGGUGCGCGAUUCCGAGCCAGACAUGAAGUCGCCGGUGGUGGUGGAGCCUGCCUAUCGGCGAGCCUGGAUCCGCAUGAUGCUGGUGUCGUCCUUCCAUCCGGGAGUCCUUCGCAAGGCGGGCGUGACGGCGCAGGAGCUACGUGAAACGGGCUGCAACGAAAAGUUCCUCAGAGAUGCCGGCUUCAAAGCACCAACGGAUUCAGAUCUUCGAAAUGGAGCCUCAAGGGCAACGUGGAUGCAGGCAGGUUGGUUCGACCAAAAAAGGAAAGAGCUUCUGGAGGCGGGAUAUUCCCUUAAAGAGCUUCGAGACGCCGGACACAACGCUGCAGAGUUGAGGAAGUCGGGGCUCGCCCUACAGGAGCUGGUCGAUGGAGGCUUCUCACUCCUGGAGUUGGUCCAUGAGAAUGGGUUCACGGUGCGGGAGCUUCGCGAGGCCGGUCUGGGAGCGCCGCAAUUGGUGCAAGCCGGCUUCAGUGGGAGGGAGCUUCUGCAAGGUGGAUAUCCGCGGCAGGAGAUUGAAAUGCUGACUCGAAUUAUUUGA